AACAUAGGCGACAGGAAACAGCUAGACUAGAACUAAUACACAACAGUCUAGAUAUAAUUUAUUAAAAUGAUGACAUCCAUGUUGAUGACGAGGUACACGAGUACAGCCGUCUUGUUGCUGGGACUUUGGACACUCUCUUCAAGCGGCGAGGUUAGCCAGAACUCUAGUUAUGGAACCUGCAGCGCCCCUACGUCUCAGAAUGGCGCUCUUCCCCUGACACCGACUUUCGAAAACGACACUCUGCAUUUGACUGACAGUGAGUUGCACGAUCUGAUUGUAAAGAAGUUAAAAUAUCUGAAUCUGGCGAUUGAUAUGAUGCUAUGGAUGAUAGUGAUAUUAUUUUUGGCCCUCGGCCUACUGAGUCUAAACCUCUACAAGAUUGUCAUGGAGCUGGAAUUAUGCGUCACCGGUUCAGGGCAAUUAUCCCUAGGUUGCUCAUGUGUAGUUGUCAAUGCAGUUGAAGCAGCCAAAAUAAAUUCUAUUUCACCUGACCAAUCAAUGCCGGGGACAGCUGAGGUGCCCACCAAUAGGAGCGAGUCUGCUGACCCUGCCGGUUUGACUAUCGCUGUGCCGGAUGGUGUGCCGGUUGGUGUGCCGGAUGGUGUGCCGGUUGAAGUGCCGGUUGGAGUGCCUGUUAAUGUGCAAGUUGACGAGCCGGUCCCUGCAUCCAUAACUGACAACACAGCUAGCCUGGUUACAAUGAGAACAAAAAGCCACAACUGUGAUGUUAGAGAGGAUGAUGAUAUACUGGUGCCAUAAUCACUUUGAGUUCCAGAAAGUACCCAGCCUCGACUGAGAUUCAUUCCUUCCCCUAGGUUAGCUUUAUACGUCUUAAAGUGCCCUAUUCAAUGUACACCCCCAGCUAUAUUUCUUCUAUUUGCAUGAAUUGUUUAUUUUAAAAAAAAAUGCAUUGUUUUGAAAAAAUAUAUUCUCCCUAAUCAAACUAUUAAAUUUCUUGUGUUCUAAGUGCACCAAUCAAAUGUAAU